AUGUACAGUUUAGUAAAUGCCAAUUUCAAUAGAACCUACAACCCUACUGGAAGACAAAAUGCUCUUUCAGAUAUAAAGAAGCUACUUACGUCCCGCGAUACAACUGCGCAGAAUAAAGCUUGUGGCUAUAUUAUAGAAGUCGUCAGCCGAUACACUAAAAAUCCGAAUGAAAGGAUAACGAUGAUUGAAUACUUAUUAGACAAUGAUAUCACGGUAUUUUUGUGUGAAGCUACUUCAAACUUAGACUUCACGCUAUUCAGGUCAAUUCUAACCAGUCUACGUUUAUUAUGGCGCUCGCGUCAGUUCUUCGCCGAUGAGCACGCAGCGCACGCAAUGACCGCUGUGCUAAGGACCCUUGCGCACUAUGCCGGCAGUGGUUCAAGACAACCCGUGGAUGCGUGUUUGCAUUUCCUUUGCGAUCUGCUAAGCGGCGUUUCAGCACACAAGACUACCGCACCUUUAUCGCAUCAAAGUGCAUACAGUGCUGUACAGCUUCUAGCUUGCUUAAACGCCCUAUCUGGCAACAUUUCCAACAAUCCCAAUACUAUUUUAGCGAGCGCUUUAGUACUUCAUGCUCUAAUAUCCUACCAGCCAGAUAAUUUAACUAUUAAUAAUAAUACAGCUAAUGGUAUACUGGAGGUGUUGAAGAAAUGGUUUAGUCUGCUCAUGGGUGCUUUGAACCAUAAUAUGUUAGUGGGGGAUGGUGGGAUAUCUGGCAUGUUUUAUGUAUUAGUUUGUCAAAUCGGAAUGGAUGUGUCAGGAAUAAUAAAAAUACUACGUCGAAGUAAUCAAAGUAUGAAUUUCAUACAGACGAUUUUAAACGAUGACCACGAGAUAAAUGCGCUUAAACAAUGCGCGGCGGAAAUGGAAGAGGCUCUGCGUCUUGUCGUCUGUGAACUAGUGAUUUUUACUAAGGAACAUCAAAACCAAAUUUCAACAGAAGAAUAUAACGUGUUCUUAAAGCUUCUACUGAAUUUCUUUUAUGAUAAUGUAAACAAAGACAACUUACCAGACUUUUGUGAUAUGAUGUUCUCAAAAGGUUAUCUUACUAUGCUCCCUCAGGUCCAAAUUCAAAGAAACGAUGUAUCAGUCCGCAAAGUAAGCACUCUAGUUCUAGGUGAGAUGUUAAAAGUGCUGGCUGACAAAUAUCUGAACGUGAAUGACGUACAUGUGGACAUCAAUAGUCGUGCAAAAGAUAUUCACGUGAGAUCAUUCAAUUAUUUUACUCUAACAUCGACUAUUAAACAUAGUCCUGAAGAAGCGACAGCACCUCUCCUUCCCUACUUAGUGGAGCACAUUCUGAAACUACCCAAUUCCUGCAAACCGCCGUCCUACAUUAUAAAAGCGCUGUGGCUUGUUUUUGCGAUGUCAACAAUAUCAAAUGGCUCACUAAAAUCUCUAGAUGAAAGAGUGUACCUUGAGAAGGCAACAGAUCGUUUAAUAAAGAUGUUAUACCCUGAUCCCACGGUUUAUUAUACACAUAACCCUGCUAUAUUACUAUGGGCAUUUACUUCCCAAAGAAUUUCGAGUGGUGUUAGGACACAUGUUCUCUCACAGUGGUUAAAAUCUGAGGACUCCUUGCCAUUAGACCUGAUAACUCAACCUGCAGUUUGGGAACUACUUCUGAAUAUUCUCAUAAGGUGUAGAGAUAGAACUGUUAUGGAGAACUGCAAAGAAGCUUUACAUAAUUGUUUGGAAGACGGAGACGAUAAUGCGAAACAAGAAUUUUCAGAUCUGAUAUGGUCUAUGCUACCUGGUGUACUGUCUCAAGUGCUCAUUGAUCCAGACUUUCAAAUAGACAAAAGCAUUUGCCACUUUUUAGAAUUAGCCACCAAUUUACCUCCCCUGGAAAUAGAUCCAAUGGCUUGUCUAAAGACAGCUGUACUAAUAACAGCUAUAUUUACAAGGAAUAUUUCUGAUAAUUGUGACGAAUAUAUUUACCAUUAUAAAUACGUUUGUCUGAAACUUGGUUUGUAUCUGCUGAGUCUCGCAAAUAAUCAAAAAGACAAUAGAGUGUUACUAACAUAUACAAAUCGUACGGGUUUCCUACAAACUGUUUUGGCUUCGACUGACUGCAGCGAUGAAAGAGUUGCUUGUGCAGCAUUGCAGUUACUUUCUUCUGUAAUACACUACUUUACACAAAACAAUUAUCAGCCGAAAACAAUUCUGCAAGUGCAGACCCAUUUAAUAAUAAAGUCCCUGCGACAAGACAGUGCAUCUGAAAGGGGCGCCUCUCUACUACAACUUGUGUACAUGGUGUUAAACACUGGCAAUCGUUCACCGCUUACAUUAACUUAUGAAAUAUCUGAAGAACCCAGUGUGAAUACUCAAUGUAAUGCGUUGAGAGCUUUGAUGUUUAGGGUUCAGCUGAUGUUGUGUAGCAGGGAGUCAAAAAAUCAGUCUUCAGCUGGAUGGAAGACUCUGAGCUCUGUAUUCAAACACGCCAUUGUUUCUAGAAAUGAUACAAAACUGAUCGCUUUAUUGACAUCUCAACCUUGGACACAUACACUCAUACAUUUCCAACUGACACAAGACUUGACACAAGAGUUCCUUACAUUUACACUAAACUGGCUGUCUUUACUAAAGAUCACGAUCAAACAAUGCACAGAGUUAAAUAAAAUUCAACUGUGUAGACAGAGUUUGGUGAUCAAAACGAUGGUAUUGUUGAAGAAGAAUUUGAAAUUAGAUGGAGAAUUAAAGGAGAUUGGUAACAAAGUUUUACUUAUAGUUGAAGAGAUAUUGGAGUGUUCGGGAAUAAAAAUUGAUUAA